CUGCAGGAGUUUUCCCAAGAAUCCAAAGGAUUUUCACAGUAUCUUUCACUAAUUGUGCAUGACUGAAAAAACCACAAAUAAGUGUGUGUAUCUGGAGACUGUCCUGCCGCUUUGGAGCCUCAAAGCGCAAAAGUUUGUUCUGUGGUUUUCAGAAUUUAAUCGAGUUUGGGGCACUAACAAACACACGGGAGUCCCAGGCUGAGCAGCAGCGGCCGAGGAUGGUGGGUCCGCGCUCCACCAAUCACAGACCUGCGCCGCGUUAUAUAAAGCCCCGACCACAGUCGUAGACCCGCAAAUCUUGCUUCUGGGUUCGAGUUCGCUCUUUCCUUUUUUUUCCUUAUCGCUAUGUCUGAAACUGCUCCUGCCGAGACGGCCGCGCCGGCCCCCGUGGAGAAGUCACCCUCCAAGAAGAAGGCCACCAAGAAGGCCGCGGGCGCCGGCGCAGCGAAGCGCAAGGCCACUGGCCCGCCUGUGUCCGAGCUCAUCACUAAGGCCGUAGCCGCUUCAAAGGAGCGCAACGGCCUCUCCUUGGCCGCCCUCAAGAAGGCGCUGGCGGCCGGUGGGUACGACGUGGAGAAGAACAACAGCCGCAUCAAGCUGGGGCUGAAGAGCCUGGUGAGCAAGGGCACCCUGGUGCAGACGAAGGGCACCGGCGCCUCCGGCUCCUUCAAGCUCAACAAGAAGGCUGCUUCGGGGGAGGCCAAGCCGAAGGCCAAGAAGGCGGGCGCAGCCAAGCCUAAAAAGCCCGCGGGAGCUACUCCUAAGAAGCCUAAGAGGGCUGCAGGCGCCAAGAAGGCCGGGAAGAAGACGCCAAAGAAGGCCAGAAAGCCCGCUGCAGCCAGCGUGAAAAAAGUGGCUAAGAGCCCCAAGAAGGCAAAGCCUGCCGCCAAGCCUAAAAAGGCUGCCAAGAGCCCCGCCAAACCGAAAGCCGUGAAGGCCAAGGCCGCCAAGCCCAAAGCUUCCAAGUCCAAGCCCGCAAAGCCCAAGGCUACUAAAGCCAAAAAAGCGGCGCCCAAGAAGAAGUAGGAAGUUGGCAAUGCGAUUUAGCACCAAACCCCAAAGGCUCUUUUCAGAGCCACCCACAAAUCUUCAGAAAGAGCUCUGCAUUGCAUUUUAUUUUCUCUUAAUAUAAAACUCAC